UUAAUUUAAGAACAAAUACCACCAUGUACACUUGCAUAUAUCAAGCAAUACACAAAGAAGCCAUUGCUGCAAAUAAGCAGUUUCAAUAACAUAAAUUUCUCUCUGUUUCAAUUCAAACACUGCUCUGUUUGUAAUCAUGGACUUCAUUUCUCUGUUCUUCCCUUUCUUCCUCGUCAAGCUUGUCCUCAAAUUAAGGUAUGCCAAUUCUCCCAUCAUCACGCGUCUCUUCCAAGCAACCUUCCUCCACUACCACCCCUAAUCUAUUUCCACUUUUCUCUCUAUUUAUCAGUCCCCAAUUUUCACAACAACCCUAAUAAUUUUUCUUUCUCUUUUCCAAAUCUAAACACAAAUCAUGAAGCUUCCCUCCUUUCAUCUCCACCCACAAUCCCAAACCCACAAAUACAACACUGCCCAUUCAAAUUCCCCACAAAAGUUUCAAUUUUGAUUUCUGGGCAAUCCUUCAUUCAAUCUUUUCCCAUGCCACCUCAAAUGCAGCCCUUCGCGGAUUACCUCCGCACCGCGCCACAGGCAGACGGCGGUGAGAGGCGGACCCCACCGCUGAACCGAACCGUGAAGAAGACGCUGGUAGUAGAAGAGUCCUCCUUGGACAAUCCGGAUCUGGGCCCUUUCCUUCUGAAGAUGGCCCGAGAAACAAUAGCUUCCGGUGAGAGCCCGGUGAAGGCCCUGGAUUUCGCCAUUCGAGCCUCCAAGUCCUUCGAGCGAUGUGCGGGCCCGGGCCUGGAGCUUGCCACGUGUCUCCACGUGGUUGCUGCGAUACACAGCAGUUUGGGGCGGUUGGAUGAGGCGGUUGAGGCUUUGGAAAGGUCCAUUUUGUUGCUGGAAGGGGAAAACGAGUCGGGUCAUGCCAUGGCUCAGUUCUCCGGGUACAUGCAACUUGGUGAUACGUAUUCCAUGAUUGGGCAGUUGGAUAGGGCCAUUUCGUGUUACGAGUCGGGUUUGAAGAUCCAAAUGGAUGUUCUGGGUGAGUCCGACCCGAGAAUAGCUGAGACUUGUAGGUACUUAGCUGAAGCUCAUGUCCAAGCCAUGCAAUUUGAGCAAGCAGAGAAGUUCUGCAAGAAGACCCUAGAAAUUCACAGGGAGCAUUGCUCUCCUGCUUCUCUUACAGAAGCAACCGACAGGCGUCUAAUGGCCCUUAUAUGUGAGGCCAAGGGAGACUAUGAACCAGCUCUGGAGCACCUUGUCCUAGCUAGCAUGUCAAUGAUCGCCAAUGCACAAGAAAAUGAGGUUGCAGCAAUUGAUGUUAGCAUUGGAGAUAUUUACAUGUUACUCUGUCGUUUUGAUGAGGCUGUUUUCGCCUAUCAGAAAGCACUAACUGUGUUCAAAUCCACCAAAGGUGAAAGCCACAGUUCUGUGGCGUUAGUCUUCAUUCGCCUUGCAGAGCUUUACUACAGGACGGGAAAAUUAAGGGAGUCAAAAUCAUAUUGCGAAAAUGCCUUGAGAAUAUACAGUAAGCCCGUGGUAGGAACAACGGCUGGGGAGAUUGCAAGUGGGUUGACUGAAAUCUCUGGCAUCUAUGAAGCUCUAAAUGAGCCUGAGGAGGCAUUGAAGCUGCUGCAGAAGGCAGUGAAAUUGUUGCAGGAUAUCCCUGGACAGUAUAGGACAGUGGCAGGAAUAGAAGCUCAAAUGGGAGUGAUGUUCUACAUGGUUGGGAGGUACAUGGAGGCAUGGAAGUCUUUUGAGAAUGCCAUCACCAAGCUGAGAGCAAGUGGGGAGAAAAAGUUUACCUUUUUUGGAAUUGUACUGAACCAGAUGGGGCUGGCAUGUGUGCAACUGUAUAAAAUAGGGGAUGCUGCCAAACAUUUUGAAGAAGCAAGAACGAUAUUGGAGAGAGAGUGUGGUACAUAUCAUUCUGACACUCUUGGAGUGUAUAGCAAUCUUGCAGCAACUUAUGAUGCCUUGGGGAGGUAAACAUCUUUUGUUUUUAUAUACAUCAUUAUGUGUCCCUUUUCUUUGGUUUUCCCUCCCUUUGCUGUGUCUUGCCAAUACUUGGACUAUCAUCUUCCUCUGCACCAUAGAAUAUCAUCAUUAACAUUCAUUAUGCUGAGACUACUCUUUCUUGCCAUGUGAUGAGAGAAAUGAGUGGUCCCCU